AUGGCGAAGCACACGGUUGGCGGAUGGCCUCUGCCGCAGAAGCGAUGGCUCCUUGCGCUGCUUAUCAUGCUAUCCAUUUCUACAGUGAUAGCUGUCUUCAUCAGGUCCGCCUUCGACUCCUGCGAUCGCCACUUGGAACGUGUAGUGGUGAAAAGGUCGGCGGUUCACUUGUCGCCGACUACUAGGACCAUUGCGGCGGCGUCGAGUCCGCUUAGCUUCAUGAAGUCCAAGCUGGUCCUCUUAGUCUCGCACGAGCUGACUCUCUCUGGUGGACCAUCGUUGCUGAUGGAACUAGCCUUUUUAUUAAGAAGCGUUGGUGCAGAAGUUUGUUGGGUUACAAUGCAGAAGCCAUCACAAGCAGAUGGGGUCUCAUACAGUUUGGAGCAAAAGAUGUUGGUUCGAGGAGUGCAGGUAUUUUCAGCCAAGGGUAAAGAGGCUGUAGAGACAGCUCUCAGAGCUGAUUUGGUGGUUUUGAACACGGCGGUUGCUGGAAAAUGGCUGGAUGUAGUUCUCAAAGAAAAGGUUUUGCUUGUUCUUCCCAAGGUGUUGUGGUGGAUCCAUGAAAUGCGAGGGCAUUAUUUCAAAUUAGACCAUGUCAAGCACCUGCCUUCGGUUGCUGGUGCUAUGAUAGAUUCGCAUGUAACAGCAGAAUAUUGGAAGAAUAGGACUCAGGAACGUCUGCGAAUUAAAAUGCCUGAUACCUAUGUUGUUCACCUUGGAAAUAGCAAGGAACUUAUGGGAGUUGCUGAAGAUAGUGUUGCAAAAAAGGUCUUGCGUGAGCAUGUCCGGGAAUCUCUUGGAGUGCGAGAUGAAGAUAUACUGUUUGGCAUUAUUAACAGCGUUUCACGUGGAAAAGGACAGGACCUAUUUCUUCGGUCAUUCUAUGAGAGCUUGGAGUUAAUACAAGAGAAGAAGCUGCAGGUGCCAUCAUUGCAUGCAUUAAUUGUGGGGAGUGACAUGGCUGCCCACACAAUGUUUGAGACCGAAUUGCGGAGUUAUGUGACAUUGAAGAAAAUUCAGGGUCGUGUUCACUUUGUAAAUAAAACCCUGACAGUGGCACCUUAUCUAGCUGCAAUUGAUGUUCUUGUCCAAAACUCCCAGGCACGGGGAGAAUGCUUUGGUAGGAUAACAAUUGAAGGCAUGGCAUUCCAGUUGCCUGUAUUGGGAACAGAAGCAGGUGGAACCACAGAAAUUGUGGUGAAUGGCACAACGGGAUUCUUGCAUCCUGUUGGAAAAGAAGGGGUUACUCCCCUUGCCAAAAACAUAGUCCAACUGGCUACUCAUGUUGAGAGGAGGCUUACAAUGGGAAAGAGGGGCUAUGAGAGGGUGAAGGAAAGAUUUCUAGAAGAUCACAUGGCAAGCAGAAUUGCUGCAGUUUUGAAGGAGGUGUUGCAGAAAUCAAAGAGCCACUCACAUUCCUAAACUUUUAGCAACUCUGCUCCCUAUUUUUUGUCGCAGAGGGGAAAACUCCUUAACCGUUUAGAAUGAUGCUGCAUUAGUGGCUAAUUUAUCAAAAAAUAUAACAGACUGAUAGAAAGAUGGCUCUUAUGUAGUGAAAAGGAACUUUUAGCAUGGCAGAAAGCUUCUAUCUCCGACGUUAUCUGCCAUUUCGAUGUAAAAUGAUGUACAUUCUUAGUCAGAUCUUAGUUUCCUGUUCAUAUGGUUAGCGCCCUGAGCAGAUAUGUGGCCUAGUGCUGGUGUCUAGGUUCUGAUGAAAUCCCAGAUGAGGUUUCAACUUCCUUCAGAGUAAAUCCAUCAGCGGCCUGAGGAUCUAUCUAUCAGCAAGCACUUACCGCCAGUACCUGAAUGUUACAUUUAAGCAUUUUUUGCUAAUGAUUGGGCUUUGUUUCACUCACUCUUUUCAGUCUUCUGGGGAAUGCAAAUGUCCAAUGUGAAAUUGAUUCUUAGCUCUAUAGGGUUAAAGGGUCUUGCAGUAGAAGUCAUUGCCCUUUUUUUGCAAGACGUGUCCAGUCUGUUUACUUGUGUGGAGUUCAAUUUGGUGCACACACGCAUGUAAUGAUCACUGUAAUGACUUAUAUUAUGGGACCCUCGUCUGAGUUCUGUAUGGGUUUCUUC